UUAUAAAUAUCAAAAGCUACUAAUCUCGGGGUGCCUCUCUCUCCCCUGGAUUCGAUCCUCUUUAUAAAAGCUACUAAUCUCGGAGUCUCUCUCUCUCUCAACUGAUUUCUUUGAAGAACUCGCACAUCGAUUUAGUUCCAUCAAAGGUUUGUUAAGAAUGCAAGAUUCCCGGAUGUUGCUACCAGAGGAGGUCAAAAACCCUAAGCCUCGGAAAAAGAAAUCCUUGACUCAAGGACGAGGAACCUCAGUUUUCCAGCCACAGGGAGAGAAUCUCAAAGGGAUCCAAGAGGUGCUGCCUCCAUAUUUCAAGACAACAAAGAAGGUUCUGAAAAGAAACCUCAAGGAUGAAGUUUCUCCAUCAUUUCAACAGCCAGAGAGAUCAACCUCUGAUUCCUUGCCAGAUUCCUCAAGAUCUGGAAAUGAGUACCGUGCACUGAGACGGAAGUAUUUGCUGUUGGAGGAAGAGAGCUUUGUAUUGGAUAGGGAACUGAAAGAGGUUGACAAUGGGAUUAAAACCCUGGAAAAUGAGAAGUCAAUACUUUUGGAUCAUCUGGUUGUGUUAGAAGGUUUAGUUGAUCCGUCGGAGUUUCAGCCCCGAGGACCUCCGCCAUUGUAACCUCUAUUACUUAACAUCAAUACUCGUUGUAACUAUUGGAUAACUGUAGCCAUUCCUAAUAUUAUUUAGAUCAAAGGUUUGCUGAUUGACCUUCA